AUGGAGACCCCCUAUAAAAUCUCGCCACAUCACUUUCCCCGAAGAAAAUCAAGUGGCGAAUCAGUCGUCGCGACCUUGCAAAUGGCGCCUAAAGCUUCGAAAACCGUCAAAAUUCCGGCGGCCGUCGCCGCCAGCAAGCCCGACGCCACCCCAAUCGAAGAUUUCCGCCCUGAACUCAAAAAGAAUAAUAUCGGUUUAUCCCGAAGCUCUUAUUCCGGCGACGGCGAGGUUAAAGUUCUUCCCUCUUUCCUCAAAUUCCUGAAAAAGGUUUUCCGCAGAGGCGAGUGCCCGCGUCCAGAGCCAGAGGAUGACACCAAGCCGGUCCCCUGCUCGACGUUCAUAUGCGAAAUCUGUGCCUACGAAAAACCUAAUGGAGAAAGUUUUCGCAUUUCGGGCUGCCAUCACUCGUACUGUGCCGACUGCGUGAUAAGAUACGUGGUCACAAAGCUAGAGGACAACAUUUUCUCCAUUAAUUGCCCUGUUGUCGGUUGCAAUGGCUUGCUGGAGCCUCAACACUGCCGGUCGAUAUUGCCAGAGCAGAUCUUUUACUGGUGGGGUACGGAGAAAUUCUAUUGCCCGUUUGAAGAUUGCUCGUCCCUCUUGUUUUGUGAGAGGAAGGGCAAAAAUGAAGUGAAUGCUGCUGCUGCUGCUGCUGCAUCUGUGUGCUCUUAUUGUAAAAGGGAUUUUUGCGCAAAGUGUAGGCUGCCUUGGCACUUCGACCUCACUUGCGACGAGUUCAAGCGGGUGAAGGAGGGUUGUAAAAGGGAUUUUUGCGCAAAGUGUAGGCUGCCUUGGCACUUCGGCCUCACUUGCGACGAGUUCAAGCGGGUGAAGGAGGGGGAGAGGAGUCGUGAGGAUCUAUUGCUGAUGACUCUUGCUAAGAACAAGAAAUGGACGAGGUGUCCUCGUUGCAGCAUUUACAUCGAGAAAGUUAAUGGUUGCUCUCUUGUCACUUGCAGGUGUCGAUGCACUCUUUGUUACUAUUGUGGAUCUGUGGAUUUACCAUUUAUUGGUCAUACAUGCAAAAAGCGCCGGAACUCGAAGCCGAAAGCCUCGAAAACCGUCAAAAUUCCGGCGGUCGCCACCAAGCCCGACGCCAUCGCAAUCGAAGAUUGCCACCCUAAAUCCGAAAAGGAAAAGAUCGGUUUAUCCCUUUGCCUUUAUUCCGACGACGGCGAGCCAGAGGAUGCCACCAAACCGGUCCCCUACUCGACGUUCAUUUGCGAAAUCUGUGCCGACGAAAAACCUAACGAAGAAAGUUUUGGCAUUUCGGGCUGCCAUCACUCGUACUGUGCCAACUGCGUGAUAAGAUACGUGGUCUCAAAGCUGGAGGACAACAUUGUCUCCAUUAAAUGCCCUGUUCCCGGUUGCAUUGGCUUGCUCGAGCCUCAACACUGCCAGUCGAUAUUGCCCGAGCAGGUUUUUGACCAGUGGGGGUACGCAUUGUGUGAGGCCGCUAUCUUGGAUACAGAGAAAUUCUAUUGCCCGUUUAAAGAUUGCUCGGCUCUCUUGUUUUGUGAGGAAAAGGGCAAAAAUAAAGUGAAUGUUGCUGCUGUUGCAUCUGUGUGCUCUUAUUGUAAAAGGGAUUUUUGCGCAAAGUGUAUGCUGCCUUGGCACUUCGGCCUCACUUGCGACGAGUUCAAGUGGGUGAAGGAGGGGGAGAGGAGUCGUGAGGAUCUAUUGCUGAUGAGUCUUGCUAAGAGCAAGAAAUGGACGAGGUGUCCACGUUGCAGUAUUUACGUCGAGAAAGUUAACGGAGGUUGCUCUUAUGUUAAUUGCAGGUUUGAUUUAUUCUCGAACUUUUCCGAGCUUUGCUUAUUGAUUUUCAGCAUUUGA